AGAGAGAGAGGAGAAGAGAAAAGAAAGAAAGAGAAGAGAGAUACUCAAAAACAGGAAAAAGCAAUCCAGUUUGUAUUUCUUCUGAAUUGUACUGUAUUCGCCUGCUGUUAAACGCAACCUGAGAGGGAGAGCAUCUGACAGAGAGAGGAGCAGAUAGAGCUUCAGACAGCAGCGCAGGGCUGAGCAGCACUCUCCGCAGCAGCACUCUGACUGCGCAGGCUGUGAGCCUGUGCACUGUGUGUGCCUGUGCACGCUGUGUGUGUGCGUGUGCCUGUGCGCGCAGCGUGUGCGUGUUCUGCAGCUUUCCGACAGGGGAGGUGGAACGUGGACUUCACAGAAGCGCAUUACUCAAGGCUUCUCAGAAGUGAGGUGCUUUCCAGUAGAGGGCUGCCUGUGAUCCUACGCGCGGUGCGGAAGGAACGGACAUGGAACCGCUCAGAAAAGCCGCUCGCUCGCUCUCCAGAUAGACCGCAGAGGACCGCACUGCUCUGACCGCACCGCCCUGACCGCCCCGCGUGACCAGGGGGCUCUGCAACCUGCUUCUGCUCAAACUCAAAGCUGGCUCUACCACACAUAUCCAGACACAUCUACCAGGGAGGUGGAACACCCUUCCAUUGCACUAUCCAGCUGAACCAGUAACCCUGCAGGAACAGCGCUAUGUGGAGCUGCAUGGGGUACAACGAGACAGAUGACAGUGUGGACCACCAGCUCUGCCAGGACUUUGGACUCGUUCUGUCCAUCUUCUCCCUCGUCUACCUCGUCGUCUGCUUCCCGGUGGGGCUGUGCUACAAUGCUCUGCUGGUGGUGGUCAACCUUUCCAACAAGGUGUCCAUGACCAUGCCCGACGUGUACUUCGUCAACAUUGCCAUCGCCGGCCUGGUGCUCAACGUGGUGGCCCCGGUGGAGCUGCUGGGGCCCGGCUUCACCAAGUGGCCCGUGUGGGAGUACAACAACGAGAUGUACAUCACCCUGCUCAUCCUCUUCAACAUCUCCUCGCUGGUGAUCAUGUACUCCACCACGCUGCUCAGCCUGGACUACUACAUCGAGCGGGCCCUGCCGCGCACCUACAUGUCCAGCGUCUACAACACCAAGCACGUGUGCGGCUUCAUCUGGGGCGGCGCCGUGCUCACCAGCUUCUCCUCGCUGCUCUUCUACGUCUGCAACCACGUCUCCACCAAGAUCAUCGAGUGCUCCAAGAUGCAGAACAAGGAGGCGGCCGACGCCAUCAUGAUGUUCAUCGGCUACGUGGUGCCGGCCGUGGCCGUCUCCUACGCCUUCGUGCUCAUCCUGCGCAUCCGCAAGGAGUCCACGCCCCUGGACCAGGACUCCAGCCGGCUGGACCCGUCCAUCCACCGGCUGCUGCUGGCCUCCGUCUGCGUGCAGUUCGCCCUGUGGACGCCCCACUACACCACCCUGCUGGUGCAGACGCUCGCCGGGGCGCAGGCCGGAGUCCCCUACUACUUCCUGACGUGCGUGUCGGAGCUCCUGGCCUUCUCCAGCAGCUUCGCCAUGCCCCUCAUGUACAGGCAGAUGAACAGGAACUUCUCCCACAAGCUCCAGCGGCUGCUCAAGCGGCUGCAGUGCGGGGACCAGGCCUGCGCCCACGAGCGCUCCGCCGUGCAGCAGGUGGUCACGUAAGGCGGGGCCACGCCCGCUCGCGCCCCUCGCUUCGCCCCUGACCUCGACGGCAGAACUCAUGGGGGCGGGAACACAGCACACGGAGAACUUGCGUACUAAAAAAAAAAAAAAAAAAACCGCCAACGCUUCGCCUCUCAACGAGCAGCUGUUUUUUGGCGUCUAGCGGAAGAACGUCAGUGUUGUUACUGACCGAAUUUCUCGGGCAUCUGUCGUGAGGUGAAAGCUAAGAUUAAACCACUAAGUGCUGUUCUUGGGAUCGCUUAAGCUAUUACGAUACCUAGGGAGAAGCGUCGCAACCUUGCGGGAGUCAUGUUCCUCUGUUAAUAGUAUACACUGAGUAACCCCGUUGAAUAUCAAAAGAAGGCCUGAAACCAGAAAACAAGGCUUUUGCAGGCUGUCCAUUUAGCGUGAAAACCACAUUAAACAUACCUCCACCCUAGGGGCAUUACAUAGGAUUUGAAGUCUACCAGGAACAGCGCUGCAGGACCUCAAGCCUCAGCGAGAGUAACCGUGGGAUACAGAUAGGGCUGUGGUUACCCACAAGCCUCCAGUUACUUGGAAUGAUAUCGCCUGACUAUUCUGCACAAUUAAUUAUACACAAUCGGAUAUCUUGAAAGCCCUCUCGUUGUGAACCAGGCCCAUGUUGAAUUUGCUGCUACGAGCUUUUCUUAGGAGAUACGAGUGAAGUCUACACGGCUGCCUUACAGACUCGCUGGUUACUGGGUGGGCACGAAUACCCUCUCCAAAAUGAAGUUCAUUUCAUUCAUGGUUCUGCAAUAGUACAUUGCUAAUGAGCUAAUGAGCAUGAAACUUUGUCAUGUCAGUGGCUAAAUGCAUUUCUUGUGGUGGAUGUUGGUUAGAUAGACUGCUGGUAAUACAAAUGGGUGCACCAGAGGACUCAAAUGUGGUCAGUAGCACUUAUUAUAAGAAUACAAUAUGUACACUUUCAAAUAAAGAACCAGCUGAUUAAGAGGAUAAAUACACGCAGUGAUGCACAGGACAACACAGACCCCAUUACGUUGGGCAGACGCUGUGUGUGUCAUUCCAGGACAGGGCUCAGUAUGGGAACUGCCAAUAUUGGUUUUCAUCAAAAGUCAAACAGGGUAAGAUACUGAGCCUAGUUAAUCAUCAUUUCAUUACAAAGCAUUUUUGAGCUGCUGAAGAAUACUGCGCUAUCAGGGUAUAAACAGGGUCGAGCACACAAGCCUUACCACGACACUACUAAAAUGUAGAUGGUAAGGAAAAGUAUAUCAGAAUGCUACUAGAGUGCCCUGAUACUGCUCUGUGAACCUAGGAGUACAACGUGUUCCUGUGAAAAUGUGCAGCAAUAGCUUUCACUGACAGGGAUACCUUUACUGUGUCAGCAAGAUCAUGUCGGUAGUGUGCUUGUAACCAAGUUCUCAACGCGUAAAAGGUUUUAAAGUAUUACCUUGAAUGAGCGCUUUUGAUCCUUGUAUAAUCCUGCCGUUUUGGACAUGCAACACAUUGUCACUUAGAUUCACAUGAUUUGGCUUUUGUACUACUAUGUUAAUAAGGCUAGCACUAUAUGUAAAUCUCACUAUAAAGCAACAGUCAGAUCUGAAUAUGGGUCAAAUCUUUCAUUUAAUACUUCUACACAACCCUGUACGACCAGUUAGCCUGAGAACAUACCACGGUUACAGCAAUCAAUGUUUCAAAAAGUCAUUUCAGUCCAAAUUCUGUCACACGCAGAAGUUGCAUGCAUGUUCCAAAAAAAAAAACACACAGCAGUCUGCAUUAAUACGAGGACAUUAUACAGUCAAUUCCACAGCAGAUCAAUUGCCGAAGAAGAGAAAAUCUAUUCAUUGUCAUCUUGUCCUGGGUCCCAGCAUGACUGAUCAAGUGUGUUCAUCCUUCUAUGAGCCAAUGUAAUAUACGUGUUUGUACUAUACUGAGUAUAUUUUGGAAGAAAAAAGUACUGUAUGUGUGUAAAAAUGAAAAUAGUUUCAUCCCACGUAUGUAAGCAAAAGUUAAGAGUAUUUAAUUUUUAUGAAGAUAUUUAGACCUUAUAAGGUCAAGGAAAAUGUAAUUAUAAUAUGUAAAGCCUUUUGUUUUGUGUGUGUACAUGUAUACAGUGCAUAUAGAAUAUAUUUUAUAUAUACACACACAUAAGUUUGUAUAUAUUGUCCUGUUAGAGAUUUCCAGUAAAUCAGUGCCAUUUCAUAAAUGUUACUUUCCUAGAGAUAUAUUUAGAUGUUUAAGUGUUAACCUGCUCCACUGUCCUUUACUGAGUCAGACUGUACAUCAGUGAACUAAUAAAAAUUGACCACCACAGCCAGGAUUUCACGUAACGUCACCUCUGCAUUCUCUUUCCACUGUCCAGUUUCUUCAUAUGAGUACACACUGUUCCCUACCCCCCGUCCCCAGAAAGAGGUUGUAUGCACUUCCUUGUACAUUAAAAGUUAAUUUGACAAUGUUUGCCAGUCUCUUAAUAAAUGAAUUUACGGUUUAACAAAGAA